GGGGGCGGGGAGCUUUCACUGGCCCAGGUGGACGCAUGAUGAUCAGGCAAUCAAUUGUCUCUUCAUUGUCUCUUCUUAACCCACAGAUGUGUUUUUGUUCCAGAGAAAACACAAGAUCUGCUAUUUCAGCUCCCUUUCUUAUUCUUCAGAUACUUCAGUUACUUCUUCAGAUUCCCACCCAGAAGUGUAAUAAGGCCCAAAGUCUUACUGUCACUACAGCAGGUGGAGUAGGGGCAGAGAUGUUUCAGGAAAGAAGGAAGGUACACACACGUAGUACAGAGGGACCUUAGGGAAGGGAGGGCAUUGGAUGUUCUGUGGUAAUUUACAUAUCCCAUGAUUCUAUCCUCUGUGGGGUACUGUCCGACAUAAACCAGCCAGGAUCUCCAUCCCAAGUUGGAGAUGGUCAUAUGCAGUCCAUUUUAUAUUACUUAUAAGUAGAUUUUCCCAUGCCAGAAUUUGAUCCCAGUUCUCUUUUCCCAGUCACACAGACCUUCCAAACUGCCUCUCUCAUUAGCCUGUGCUCAUACAAUUUAUGCAAGUGUACGUGGGCACACAUGCACGCACACAUUUGUUUCAGGAUAUUCCAGUAUGUAAAAAUGUAAUAAAGUUAAGGGUGAUUCUGCAUUUUAUCACAGCACUUUGUGUGCAGGGCCCUCACUAGGCACUCAGGAGGUUUAAGAGAAGGAAACUCAAUCCCUAAUUAUAGAGAAAUCCCCACCUGAGUGGGGAGAGGCAGUUGUAGCUGAAACAUCUAGCAGACAUUCACAGAGUAGCAUGUCAUUCUGUGCAAAGUAGUACAGCGUUUAUCCUGAGGGAACCCAGGUAGGAGUGUGUAUAUGUGUGGGGGGUAGUCAUAAAGAUACAGGAAGGAGGUGAACACUGGAUCAUCUUGAAGAAAUUAAGACAAAAGUGGAAUAAAAGAAACACACAGGUGUAAUCUAACAAUUCCUGUGCAAAGAGGAGGAGGGAAGCCAUUGAGUCCGGAUGAGUAAAGAAAAGUGUAGGGUAGGCCUUUGUUGAAAAGUUUUGAAUGCUUGAUGAGAUAUUAUGUAGGGUGGGCAAGAGGAAGCCACUGUUGGGUCUCAAGCAAGAAAAUGUUGGAUACUUGCUGAUUUAACCAUACGGGUUGCAAGGAAUAUGCUAGAAUAAAAACAGACCUGCUUCCUGUGGCAGGGACUGUGCUUUUAAGGGAGGAGGGCUGAAGGGCAGACUGGAUCCAGUCCUGUCUCGAUCCCUAACCAGCUAUGGGACCUUGGACUGAUUAUCCCUCUUAGCACCUUGGUGGAUCCCACCAGCUCUGACAUUCUGUGUUCCCAGAAUAGCUACUAGGCCUUACCAACGGCCCCUGCCUAUGUUUUGUGGGACCUGCCAAGACUGUUCAGUCAUUCAGUCAACAAAUAUUGAUUACCAGCUACUGUGUGCCAAUAGGGAGUAGUGAGGAAAAUACAACAGAGAUAUCGUAUUAAGGUGAGUGAAAACAAAGUCUCUGUCCUCAUCUUAGAGUUUUCAGUCUAGCAGGGGUGGCACUAUUUCAUUGAUUCUGAGACUCACAUUUUAACGUUUCUAAAGGAAGGAUGCAUCUUAGAAUCGAUGAGGUAUCACAAUUUAAUUACCUUCCCGAGGAGUCGAUGAUUGCUAGGAGAUGUGCAGAAUAUGUACAUGAGGUAUGUGGAGUUGAAGACUGUAACAAGCAGAGGUGGUUGUCUGAGGCAGAAGGACAGAGAAAGUCAGUGUGACUGGAGCAGAGCUGGGAGCUCUGUGGGUGAGGCUGGUGAGGCAGAUAGGGAGCAGACCCCACAGAGCCUCACAGGCCCUGUGUGGAGUCUUUGGUUUUUACCCUAAGAACAGCGGGAAGCCACUGAAGAGUUUUAAGCUGGGAGCAGCGUGGUCUGAUGUGCAUUUUGAAGAGCUUAUUAUGGCUGCAGGUUGGAGUGGAUGUGGGGAGACCAGCUGGGAGGCCAUUGCAAUAGGUCAGAUGAAAAAUAAUGGUGGCUUGGACAAGAGAGGUGGUGGUGGUAGAGGCAGAAAUGGAGAGAAGUAGAUGGAUUCAAAUCUUUGGGAGGUAAAAUUAACAGGACUCAGUAAUAGAUGGUGAGGAAGAGGGAGGUGUGGAGAGUGAUCCACACGUUUCUCUCUCGGACAGCUAUAUGGAUGGUGGUACCAGUUUCUGAGGUGGGGAUCCUAGAGCUUGGUAGGACCCAAAGAUGGUUACAUAGGAUCUGGGAGGUUACACAAAUGAUAAAAUACUGUACACACACUUUGCUUUUUUCACUUGAUAAUAUAUCUUAGAGAUUGUUCCGUUUUGAGAUAGUAGCAUCUUCAUUCUUUUUUAUGACUGCAUAAUAUUCCAUUUUAUGUUUGUGUAUAAUUUUAUAGUUACAGUCCUUUACUGAUGGGUACUUAGACUGAUUCCAAUCUUUUGUUACUAAAAAUAAUGCUGAAAUGAAAACCCUGUACACACAUCAUUUUGCCCAUGUAGGGCUACAUCUAUAGGAUGAAUUCUUAGAAGUGGAAGGUUCUUUAUAGAAAGAUUUGUUCAUUUAUUACUUCAUUUGAUAUUUACUGAGUGCCUUUUUUAUUAUGUGCCAGAUACCAUGCCUGGUGCCAGGAAUCCAGCCACUAAUGAGUUAGAUAUGAACCCUGCUUUCAUGGAAUGGUGGUAGUGGGGUGCACAUAUCCAGGCAAACAUAAUAAUUACAAGGUUGUGUACAUUUUUUUUUAAGAAAUCAAAAAGGUGAGGAAAUAGAGAAAAAAAAUGGAAGAAUCUACUUUGAACAGUCAAGAAGACCUAUUAGAGUAGGUGGUAUUUGAGCUGAGAACUAAAGGACAGAUGUGGCCAGCCGUUAGGUAUAGGAGGGAAAGACUUCGGCUCUUCCAAGCCUGUACCCUCAGGGGAUAGGUUGAAGAUUUAUAGGGGAGUGGGAAACCACAAAGAGGGGAGCAGCACUAGAGAGUUGAGGUAGGUGGUUGGGAGUGGAUGAGAUCAAAGAAAGUAGGUAAGGUCAGAUAAGGGAGGAGGCUGGUAGUGAAGAGUUACGGAGACUAGUACUGUUUAUGAAGGAUUAGUGAAUACUUGUGUUUAGGGGGUUUUGGGAUUAGAUCUCUGUAACUGGGUUGAUUCAGGUAGGGAACAGGAGAAGUGGACCCUCCCUCUCUGGAUACUUGAGAAAUAAAAGAGACCUCUGCUGAACUGGUUUGAGGAAGGCAUAGCCUUGCCCACAGGCAGAAUGGAUGAAAAAGCCUUGGGAAGAGCCAGUCUGUGCCUGAAGUGGAGCCUGUUCCAUCUUUUCUGUGACUUUAAAAAAUGGAAACUUCCAGAAUGAGGACGGCAUUGGAGAAGCCCAGCCAGCUGGCUCUGGCCUGGCAGAAGAGGGAGCAGACCUACCCAGAGCUCAGAGCUUAGGAUGGGCAGGACAUUGGGCUUGGAGAUUCUUCCUCUGGCCUUUGUGCUCCUUUUUCAUCCUCACCCCUUCUGCUUCCCAUCUGCAAAAGUCCAUCUCUGUGCCCAUCCUGGGUCCUAUGACUUUUCUCUCCCUCAACAGUCGGUUCCCGAUUCUGGUCCCCGGCCCCCAGCAGCGCCUGCCCCCUUCCCACCGGGGCCCCCCAUGAUGCCACCACCCUUCAUGCCCCCGCCAGGGAUCCCCCCACCCUUCCCUCCAAUGGGGUUACCCCCCAUGAGUCAGAGGCCACCAGCCAUUCCCCCCAUGCCACCUGGCAUCAUGCCCCCAAUGCUUCCACCAAUGGGGGCGCCGCCACCACUCACACAGAUACCAGGAAUGGUACCUCCCAUGAUGCCAGGGAUGCUGAUGCCAGCAGUGCCUGUCACCGCAGCGACGGCUCCGGGUGCGGACACCGCCAGCUCUGCUGUGGCUGGGACAGGCCCUCUGAGGGCCCUGUGGAGUGAACAUGUGGCCCCUGAUGGGCGCAUCUAUUACUACAAUGCUGACAACAAGCAGUCUGUGUGGGAGAAGCCCAGCGUGCUCAAGUCUAAAGCAGAGUUGUUGCUGUCCCAGUGUCCCUGGAAAGAGUACAAGUCAGACACAGGCAAACCUUACUACUAUAACAACCAGAGUAAGGAGUCCCGCUGGACCCGGCCUAAGGACCUGGAUGAGCUGGAGGCUCUGGUCAAACAAGAGUCUGCAGGGAAACAGCAGCAGCAGCCACAGACACUACAACCACAGCCUCCUCAGCCACAGCCUGACCCCCCACCUGUGCCUCCUGGUCCCACCCCAAUGCCCAUGGGCCUUUUGGAACCUGAGCCAGGUGGGAGUGAAGAUUGCGAUAUGUCCGAGGCUGCCCAGCCCCUGGAGCAGCAGCAGGAGAGCCCCAGCAGUUCUGCUGGACAGCAUCAGCCACCACAGCAGGAAGAGGAGGAAUCAAAGCCAGAACUAGACAGGUCUGGCCUCAGUUGGAGCAACCGGGAGAAGGCAAAGCAGGCAUUCAAGGAGCUGCUGAGGGAUAAGGCUGUCCCCUCCAAUGCCUCGUGGGAGCAGGCCAUGAAGAUGGUGGUCACCGACCCUCGUUACAGUGCCUUGCCCAAACUGAGUGAGAAAAAGCAAGCAUUCAAUGCCUACAAGGCGCAGCGGGAGAAGGAGGAGAAGGAGGAAGCCCGGCUAAGGGCCAAGGAAGCCAAGCAGACCCUGCAGCAUUUUCUGGAACAGCAUGAGCGCAUGACCUCCACUACUCGCUACCGGCGGGCAGAACAGACCUUUGGGGAGCUGGAGGUCUGGGCUGUGGUCCCUGAGAGGGAUCGAAAAGAGGUGUAUGAUGAUGUCCUCUUCUUCCUGGCCAAGAAGGAGAAGGAACAGGCCAAGCAGCUGCGGCGCCGCAAUAUCCAGGCCCUGAAGAGCAUCCUGGAUGGGAUGAGUAGUGUCAACUUCCAAACCACCUGGUCUCAGGCCCAGCAGUACCUCAUGGAUAACCCCAGCUUUGCCCAGGACCAUCAGCUACAGAACAUGGACAAGGAAGAUGCGCUGAUCUGCUUUGAGGAGCACAUCCGAGCUUUGGAGAAGGAGGAGGAGGAGGAGCGGGAGCGGGCCCGGCUUCGAGAGCGGCGCCAGCAGCGCAAGAACCGGGAGGCCUUCCAGACCUUCCUGGACGAGCUACAUGAGACAGGGCAGCUGCACUCUAUGUCCACCUGGAUGGAGCUGUACCCAGCGGUCAGCACUGACGUCCGCUUUGCCAACAUGCUGGGCCAGCCGGGCUCCACCCCUUUGGACUUGUUCAAGUUCUAUGUGGAGGAGUUGAAGGCACGCUUCCAUGAUGAGAAGAAGAUCAUUAAGGACAUUCUUAAGGACCGGGGCUUCUGCGUGGAGGUGAACACAGCCUUUGAGGACUUCGCCCACGUCAUAAGCUUUGACAAGAGGGCUGCUGCGCUGGACGCAGGCAACAUCAAGCUGACCUUUAAUAGUCUGCUGGAGAAAGCGGAGGCCCGGGAGAGGGAGCGGGAGAAGGAGGAGGCACGAAGGAUGCGGCGCAGGGAAGCUGCCUUUCGAAGCAUGCUGAGGCAGGCCGUGCCUGCCCUGGAGCUGGGCACUGCCUGGGAAGAGGUCCGUGAGCGCUUUGUGUGCGACUCAGCCUUUGAGCAGAUCACCCUGGAGUCGGAACGGAUCCGGCUCUUCCGGGAGUUCCUACAGGUGCUGGAGACCGAAUGCCAGCACCUCCACACCAAAGGCCGAAAACAUGGCAAAAAGGGCAAGAAGCACCAUCGCAAGCGCUCCCACUCCCCCUCAGGCUCCGAGUCAGAAGAGGAGGAGCUGCCCCCACCGUCGCUCCGGCCCCCCAAGAGGAGGCGGCGGAACCCUUCGGAGUCAGGCUCUGAGCCCUCUUCCUCACUUGAUUCUGUUGAAAGUGGGGGUGCUGUCGUUGGGGGACGGGGCUCCCCAUCCUCCCACCUCCUCCUCGGAUCAGGGAUUUUUCCAUCUUUAGAUCACGGCCUUCGGAAAGCCAAGAAACCAAAAAAGAAAACCAAGAAGAGACGACACAAGUCUAACAGUCCUGAGAGUGAGACAGAUCCUGACGAGAAGGCGGGCAAGGAGAGCGAUGAGAAAGAGCAGGAACAGGACAAGGACAGGGAGCUCCGGCGGCCAGAGCUCCCUAACCGUUCCCCAGGCUUUGGAAUCAAGAAGGAGAAGGUGAGAGGCAGGUGCCCUGGCCCCACCCCUGCCAGCACUAUGUCUCGGCCUCUGUGGCUGUGGUCAGCCGUGCCUUUGCCCCAACAGACCGGCUGGGACACAUCGGAAAGUGAGCUGAGCGAGGGUGAGCUGGAAAGGCGGCGGCGGACACUCCUGCAGCAGCUGGAUGACCACCAGUGACCCACGGGUUGUUUUCUGCUCCUAGGUCAUUCACACCAUCUGCCCCAGGCUCCUCCUCAGCUGGGUCUGUGUCCACUUUUCUUAAAGUAACCCCCCCCCAACCAUUGUUGGCACCUCUCAAGGUUGCUCUUGGUAUUCAAGGGCCCCCCACCUCCCAGAAAACUAGUGCAGGCCUUGCCCUCAGCCCCAGACCAGAGCUUGGUGGUAUAUGCUCUGUGGGGCGGGUGAUGCCAGUAGAUAAAAUGUGAGAAAAGGUCUUCACCGAAGAGUGACAGGCUGAUGGACACAGCCUGGGUGGCAGAGGGCAGGGUCUUAACCUCCUUCCAGCAUCAGUGCUUGCUCCUGCCCGCCCUGGCCCGGGGCUCCACCACUCCUUUCUCCAGCCCCAGGGCCCAAUGUAUGUGUGGUUUUUUUUUUUUGU